AUGGCAUCCUUGCUUGUGGUUUCUUUGCCGUUUUGGACAAUGCUUUUGAUGUCUGUCUCGGAAAAUGGUGUGCUAGGGGCUCCAUUAUUUCCUUCAAUGUUUGUGUUUGGAGAUUCAUUAGUGGACAGUGGGAAUAACAACUAUCUCAACUCUUUAGCAAAAGCCAAUUUUGAGCCUUAUGGUAUUGAUUUCCCAGAUGGUCCAACAGGGAGAUUUUCAAACGGUGAAACUCUCAUUGAUUUACUAGGUGAAAUGGUGGGUCUUCCUUAUCUGCCAGCUUUUGCAGACAUUACUGUAAAAGGCAACAACAUUUCCUGGGGAGUAAACUACGCUUCAGCUGCUGCUGGAAUAUUGGAUGAGACAGGGAGAAGGCUGGGAGAACGCAUUAGCUUUGACCAGCAGGUGCGAAAUUUUGAAACAACCUUAAACCAACUUAAGACCAUAAUGGAUGACAAGAGUUUGAGUCAACACUUGGCAAAUUCAUUGACAAUGGUGAACCAUGGAAAUAAUGAUUACAUAAACAACUAUCUCUUGCCUGAACUAUAUGCAACAAGCUUCAUGUAUGACCCCAAAGACUAUGCUGAACUACUCGUUGAGCGCUACAAAAAGCAUCUUUUGGCUUUGCAUGGUUUGGGGCUAAGAAAGUUCUUGCUUGGAGGACUUGGACCACUUGGUUGCAUACCGAAUCAACUAUCCAAAGGCCUUGCCCCUCCAGGACAGUGCCGGGUUGAUGCCAACCAAAUAGUUGACAUGUUUAAUGUUUUGUUGAGAUCUUUGGUGGACCAACUGAAUACUGAGUACCAUGGUUCAAUUUUUGUGUAUGGCAACACUUAUGGAGCUUUCAGUGAGAUCUUAAACAACCCAAAUACCUAUGGAUUCACUGUAACAGAUAGAGCCUGCUGUGGAAUUGGAAGGAAUCAAGGACAGAUUAGUUGUUUACCAAUGUCUACUCCAUGUGCAAAUAGAGACCAAUAUGUGUUUUGGGAUGCAUUCCAUCCCACUCAGGCUUUGAACAAAGUUCUUGCUAGAAGGGCUUUUAAUGGACCACCUUCUGAUUGCUACCCAGUUAAUGUGAGACAGAUGGCACUAAUGUAG